AUGGCCAAAUCUAAGGUCAGAGAAAGAGAAAAAGAAGAAGCAGAAGCAGAGGAGGUUGGUGGUGUUAUAUCAAGCCCAGCCAAAAUCCCACACGCUUGCCAUUCUGUCUGUGGGUCUAACAGCACCUACUAUUUCUUCACCACCUCCAUCUCUCUCUUGUUUUUCUCUUUCUUCUCCUUCUCCGAGGCUUCUCGCUCCAUCCCAACAUCCACUCUCUCUUCCUCUUCUUCUCCUACUACUUAUACCACUGCUUCUACUUCAAAAACCCACCACGUUGACUACACCAUUAUCAUAAUUCUCACAGUCUCCUCUGCUGCCUUCCUCGCAUUUCUCCUUGUUUCAGCCAUGGCUGUGCUCAGGUGCUUCGGCUUCAAACUAAAACGCAAGCAAACCCGCGUCACUUCUAACAGUCUUAGCAGUCUUGAAGGCAUCAGCCACGAGCCUCUUGAUCAGAAGGAUGAUAUGGCGGGUGAAAGUGGGAAUUUUUCUGUGAGGAAGUUGAGUUGGGAUGAGAUUGAAAGAUCCACCAACAAUUUUUGUAAGGUGAUCGGAUCUGGAGGGUACAGCAAUGUCUACUUGGCUCGUAACCCAUCUGGGUUUUGGGCAAUUAAGAUUAACAAUGGCAGCGAACGCCUCAAUCAAGUUUUCAAGCAAGAACUCGAUAUCCUCCUCCACCUUCAGCAUCCCCACAUCGUCAAGCUUCUCGGCUACUGCGAUAAACAAGAGGAGGGUGCUCUGGUUUUUGAGUACGUUGCCAAUGGAAACCUACAAGACAAGCUUCACGGCGGAGAAUCAAGCCCCGUGCUGCCAUGGAGGAACCGCAUGGCGAUCGCCUUCCAAAUCGCACAGGCAUUAGAGUACCUCCACGAGAAAUGCCCUCUUCAGAUCGUUCACAUGGAUAUCAAAGCCUCCAACAUCUUGCUCGACCAAGAUCUCAAUUGCAAGCUCUGCGAUUUCGGGUCGGCGAAGAUGGGGUUUUCCUCGACGGUCAGGCCGCCUUCGUCGUCGAUGAAAAGUCACGUGUUGACGAUGAUGGGCUCGCCCGGGUACACCGACCCGCACUACCUCCGAACCGGGAUCGCCUCCAAGAAAAACGACGUCUACAGCUUUGGCGUUUUGGUUCUGGAGCUUGUGACGGGCAUGGAAGCCUUCUGCUCGGAAAAGGGCCAGUUUUUGACGUCGAUGGUCGGGCCUAGGCUGAGGGACGGCGGCGCUGACGUGGCGGAGGCGGCGGGGAUGGUGGACCCGCGGCUGGGCGCGGCGGGGUUUGACGUUGAAGAAGCCAAGACUAUGCUUUCGGUUUCGGCCAUGUGCUUGCGGCAGUCACCGACACUGAGGCCUUCGGCUGCUCAGAUAUUGCAGACAAUUCAUGAGAAAAUUCCAUCUGUUUCGUUUCUACAGUCGCACCAGAAACAAAUCAUAUACUAA